AUGGCUAGAAAAUUGCUUGACCCUGAUGAAUUGAACUUUGAGAAAAUGAGAAAAAUGGGUAAAAUUGAGUUUGAAGGCACUAUUGACCUUAUAGAUGUCGAGCAGUGGUUGGAACAGAUGAAAAAAGUGUUUGAGCAGUUAGAGUGUUCAGACGCUGCCAAAUUUAAGUAUGCUAUCUCAUUAUUACAAAAAGAUGCCUAUGAUUGGUGGGUAAGUGUACCAAAUGCCAGGGCAAAACCUCUUGUUCUUACAUGGAAUGAUUUUGUGAAAGAAUUUCAAAAGAAAUAUGUCCUACCUACUUAUCAUGAUGCAAAGAAAAAGGAGUUCUUAAAUUUAGACCAAGAGAUGGUCCUACAACAUGAAAACUUUUGUAAAUUAGUUUCAGCUGCUCUUAGUUGGGAAAUGAUCGACAAGAAACAAGUUGGUAGAAAUGAAAAUAAGGUCAGGAAAGCUGAUGCAGAUUCGGGAGGUCCAUCAAAAAGGGGGAGAAUAGAUACAGUUCCUUUACUGCCAGCACUCCAAGCUCUGGCCAAGGCAAGACUGGUAUACCCACUUGUGCACAAUAUGGAAGAAAUCACUUUGGUACUUGUAGAAGAGCUUCUGGAACUUGUUUUAAUUGUGGGAGCUUCGAUCAUAAGGUGUAGUGAAGCCAAUCUAGCUGGUGGGUCAAGAGCUACAGCACGAGCCUAUGCGAUGAGACAGAGGGAUGACCAGGAUGGAGCAGAUAUAGUUGUUGACUAUGAUGUCACUAUCGGUAUGGAUUGGCUUUAUAGAUACCAUGUGGUAGUUGAUUGUAGGUCAAAGCAUGCGACCUUUAGAGCUCCUCCACUUUCACAGAUCAUUGUUCAAGGUGAAAGAUCAUUGACAUCUAAUAUCAUCUCUGUGGUAGUGGCAAGGAAGAUGGUUAAAAAAGGUUGUGAAGCUUAUCUUGCUUAUAUAUUUGAUACACGCCUGGAAAGUCCAAGCCUUGAGGAUAUACCUGUGGUGUGUAAAUUUCCAGAUGUCUUCCCUGAAAAUCUUUUUGGACUGCCCCCGGAAAGGGAGGUUGAAUUUCCCAAAGAGGUUGUUCCUGGAACCACUUCUAUCUCUAUAACGCCUUAUCGAAUGGCUUUAGAAGAACUUAAAGAGUUGAAAAAUCAAUUGGAAGAACUCCUUGAGAAAGGUUUUAUUCACCCGAGUGUUUCUCCCUUGGGAGCUCCUGUGCUAUUUGUGAAAAAGAAAGAUGGGACUUUUAGGCUUUGUGUUGAUUACUGGCAACUGAACAAGGUGAAAGAAGCACAUAAGUUAGACAAAAAGCUGGUGAAAUUGAUCAAAGAAGCUUAA